UCACAAACAAGAAAAUCUGACAACAUGAUUAUUCCUAUCAGAUGUUUCACGUGUGGUAAGGUUAUCGGCAACAAAUGGGAGGUUUACAUCGGACUUUUGCAAGUAGAAUACACAGAGGGUGAUGCUCUGGACGCCCUUGGACUGAAGCGCUACUGCUGCCGCCGUAUGCUCCUGUCACACGUUGAUUUGAUAGAGAAACUUUUGAAUUAUGCACCUCUGGAGAAAAGUGAUGCCAAAUAG